GCCUGGUGGUGGCAAGGUGGUGGCCAACAAAGUUCCUUCACUAGGUCAACGCUACCAUAGAUAACAGUUUAAGUGGCCAUGUAUCCAUCCGUUCAAGCCCUGCUUGACGCCAGUCUUCCAUUCCCCGAUGACCCAUCCGUCAAUGACAUCCUACAUCACAAUGCUGCUCUGGAGUCCUCCAGGCAAGAGGAUACCAUCGGCAAGUUGCUGUUACAACGGGAGGCAUAUCUGCGCAGCUUGACAGCUGAGAAAAGACGUCUUGAUGAGGCCAUGGGCCUCAUCCUCAAGGAGAUCAACUCGAUAGAGGCUCAAUGCGAUGUCUUGCGAAAGUCCACCACAUCGCCUAUUCGCGCCCUGCCUGUCGACGUCCUCCGUGCAAUAUUCUACCUCUGUGUAGAGCCGACUGUUCUGGAUCCAGCAUUUGAAUGCUCUGUUCCGCCACACAUGCAAUCUCUGUUGCGCCUCACCCAUGUCUGUAAAUGGUGGCGCCUGAUCGUACACGACAUGCCUACUCUGUGGCAAUGGCUGGUUUUGACGUUGCGCAAUCUCGCUCACCCCGAGGCCCAUUCUUGCAUAGAGCAGUGGCCUGUGCACGCGUCCGAUCUGCCCUUAGCUUAUACAAUUUGCGCGGACCCGAAAGACCAUCCCUCUUGGAACCUUUUGAGUGGACGAAAUGCUCUUAAGGCGCUCUGCUCGCGCGCGGUAUCCCAGUUGAUGAGGAACCAGUCUCAAUUCCCAUCUCACCGCUUGCGCGUUCUGUACAUCAUGGUCCCUGCGCAGUACUUGAUUCCUGCACUCUCCCUUCUUCCACCACGCGCAUUCCCCAGGCUUAGGUCCUUACAGUUAUACCUCCCGAAACGGUACUCUAACGAAACUGGACGCGCGCUGCCGUUGACGUCCCCUAUACGCGCAUUCGAGGAUGCCACUCGACUCACCACAUUGCAGCUGGUCAUGGUCAUCGACGAGACGCUGGCAGACCAUCUUCAUCUGCCAUGGUCUUCCCUUACUGCUCUAACGCUUCAUAUACAAGGACCUUCUUGUGCAUUUAUCGCGAUCUUGCAACUCUGCCCGCGGCUCAUAAAGCUCCACAUUGACGAAAGGGCUCUGAAAUUCCCGCCAAACACACACCUAGGCAUGCUCUGGGAUACGCUUGCUGGGCGCGGCAUGCGGCAUGAUGAUCUCCGCACGCUCAGCUUUAAGCAGACAAGCACCUGCCUCACCAGCCUUGACGCACCCAAGUUGUCCAACGCCGAAUUGCAUGGCAUCAUUUGGCAUAGUGCGAGGCCCUUGUUCGUAGCGUUCCUACAGCGCGCGUCCAACAUCACAUCCUUGACUCUCGUCGAUUGCGAUUUCUCCGACUCACACAAUGAUGGCUUGCCCCUGAUGCCGAUGUGGCGUCUCCUCUCGCAGGUCGAAGAGCUUGUUCUCGAUAAUUGCGCAUUUAGCGUUCUGAUGCUCGUUGAUGAGUUGAUUGUCCGCUCCGGAGAAACGCCUGUUCUCCCCUACCUCAAAGAUCUGCGCAUCCUCGAGCUGAGAGGAAACCCGCCAUGCGAUCCCGAUCUCAUGGUGGACAAGUUUGCUGCGAUGGUCGAAUCGCGCAUGCGUCCGCGCCCCGGGGUCUCGCCCAUUCGCCGUGUCGAGCUGUGGCCUCGGGAUCAAGAGACAUUUUCCCCUGACUUUUCCCUGCGCGUUCAGGAUAUACUGGGUGACAGUGUCAAGCUGGUGCUACCUUGAGCCACGGAGGUAUGUCGUAGUACUCAUGUGCUACUAUUUUUCCUUUAUGCUGGACUUUACUCGAUCGAUUAUCAGAAAAGCUGUUGAGGGCUUCAGCCUGA